UUCAAUUAUUAUUUUUGUUAAAUAUUCUCCUCUCUUAAAAGCAUCCUCUCUCGCUGAGCAAUAUAUAAACACCAAACCUUUCUCAUUUCCCCCAUCUCUCUCUCCCUCCCUCCAAAUUUUCGCUGCUGUCUUCUAUUUCUCGACCCACAGAAUCCUUAUUUAAAAUCAUAAUGACGUCAUGUUUCCGGCGGUUAACAACGGGGCCCACGCCACCAAGCGGACCGGCACAAUCAAGGAACCGAAGUACGGCAGAUAUUCUCUCUCUACCUCUAAAACGAAUUUCCAUAGACCAACAGCCAGGAAUUGUCCUGAGAUCAUCAAGGCAGUACUCCAGAUCAUUCAUGAUCGAGGCAGUUGGACCAGGGGACCGAUCGGGGGGUGGAAAUGAAGCUGAAAAGGCGGGGCCAUGCUCGUGCUUGGUGGGAGAUCAGACUGUGGGAGGCGUGGUAGAGAGUAUAGAUCGGACGGUUGAGAUUAAUGGAAAGAGGACAAUAAGCGGGAGUGAUAGCAGGAGUAAGGAGGACCGAACGGUAGAGGUGGCGGUUGCAGCGGCGGUUACGGUAGUGUUGGGGGUAGGGAAUCGGGUGCUGUAUAAGCUGGCUCUACUUCCUCUCAAGCAUUACCCCUUCUUUCUAGCUCAGCUCGCUACUUUCGGAUAUGUUAUUGUAUACUUCACCAUCUUGCAUAUUCGGCACCGUGCCGGCAUCGUUACAGAUGAGAUGCUUUCUAUGCCAAAAGCUCCGUAUAUUCUUGUUGGACUCUUAGAAGCUCUUGGAGCUGCAACUGGAAUGGCAGCUGGAGCAAUUCUUUCUGGAGCAUCAAUUCCAAUUUUGUCUCAGACCUUUCUUGUAUGGCAGAUUCUCUUGUCCACUAUUUUUCUUGGAAGGAGAUAUAAAGUCAACCAGUUGCUUGGAUGCUUCUUAGUUGCCGUUGGUGUAAUCAUAACCGUGGCAAGCGGACCGAGCGCUGGUUCGUUAAGGGAAGCUGGUAUAUUCUGGAGUCUUUUGAUGAUGUUCUCUUUUUUCUUACAAGCCGCAGAUACAGUGCUCAAGGAAGUCAUUUUCUCGGAUGCUGCUAAGCAUUUAAAGGGGGGUUCUGUAGAUCUGUUUGUAAUAAACUCCUAUGGAUCUGCUUUCCAAGCACUGUUUGUAUGCCUUCUUCUACCAUUUAUGUCGAAAUUAUGGGGUAUACCAUUUAGUCAGCUUCCAAACUAUCUUAAAGACGGGGCAGUUUGCUUUCUAAACAUUGGCAGUUUAUCUAGUGGAUGUGAUGGUGCACCUCUGCUUCCUUUGUUGUUUGUGAUUGUCAACAUGGGGUUUAACAUCUCAUUACUGCAUCUCCUCAAGAUCUCUUCUGCUGUUGUGUCUUGCCUUGCUUCCACCUUUUCUGUACCAAUAGCUGUGUAUGUGUUCACAUUGCCAUUGCCAUAUCUUGGAGUCGCAUCCUCCCUUCCAACUGGCUUUGUCGCUGGAGCCAUCGUCCUUGUUUUGGGGUUGCUCAUCUAUGCCUGGACGCCAUCCAGGUAGAGCUUCUUUUGGUCACCCAAUUACACAAUACAUCGUUGUUUUUGUCUUCAUUUACGUUUUCAACCUCAGAAAAUGGUGUCGACUGGAUUUCUGGUCACAGAUAAUAAUCGGAAAAAAAAGAAGAAGAAGAAUGCUGACAUUGUCGUUGUAAUUCCUUUUGUUGUUAUAAUCGCAAGUGCAAUUUUUUGGUCAAUGUAAAACUGCUAAUGCACAUCCAUGAUAAGUUUCUGAGCAAAGAUAACAUUUGGUAGAGGAACAGUGGCGAAGGCCUUUCAGGGAAAUUGCCCACCUUAUUAUUUUAGG